UGACAGUGCCUUCACCUCAGAACUUUCAUCGGAUUGGAUCUUGCCCUCCUCCAACGGCAGAGCAUGCAUCGGUGAUGGAGGCACCAUCUUGACAGAUGGAUCAUCAUAAUAUCAUCACUGUACACUACCGGUACCAGCAGCAGACUACCCAGCUAGUAGACUACCGUACGGUACGGUAGCAAUCAUGGCAGACCAGCAACAGUUCCCAUUGGAAACGAUUGAUGACAACUUGGCUUCCAACGAGCAUUUGUAUCAGCGUCACGAGGAAGCCAACGCCUUGCUGCAAGCCUAUCGACGUCGGACCGCCCACAAACCACUCCAUGCCGAGCUCAUCUUGUUGAAUGGAGUGUCUGGCAGUGGAAAGACUGUCUUGGCGCGGGCCUUUGGCAGACACGUCGUAGACAAGGGAGGUAUUUUCGUGGCGGGAAAAUGUAUGAGCAACAAUAAUGCUACCCGCCCAUAUGCUCCCAUUGUGGAAGCCUUGGAGCAAUUUGUGGACCAUGCAUUGGAUGUGGAAACAGAAGCAACCAGAGCUUCCAUGAGAGAGAUUAUCCAAGCCGUGGUGGGACCAGAAUGGAAUCUUUUAGUUGAAAUGGCGCCCUGCUUACGACGUUUGUCCGUCACCAAGAAAGGAACUUCUUUGGACGACUUUGCCAGUGUCGACUCGAGCGAACGAAGUGAACCUGAAUUUGCCGCUUCACGAAUGGUCAAACGGGGCAAAGCGCUCUUGGACAAACAGAACCAACUGGCGGUGGUCUUGCGCCGAUUUCUACGGGCCAUUUGCAGUGGAGGAGGACCCAGCCGAAGAAAUAUUGUCCUCUUUUUGGAUGAUUUGCAUGCUGCCGAAACAACCACAUUGGACCUUAUCCGGGCGUUGGUAUCGCCAUGUAUCAACAACAAUCAAGGUCUCAUGUUGAUAGGGAGCUGUAGAGGAGAUGAAGUGGAUCCAAAUGACACACUGUCCGUCUUUCUCCGCGAUUUGGAACAGGAGGGAACCCGAAUCAAGGAGAUUGUUGUGCCGAACCUCUCAAUCCAAUCCGUGUCGAACCUUAUUGGAGACAUGACCAAUCUGCCUCCUGACCAGCGAACGUCCCUUGCCCAAGUCACAUUUCAGCACACCAAUGGAAAUCCAUUCUUUGUAAUAGAAUUCUUACGUCGGUUAGAACGAAACCAUGCCUUGUUUUUGGAUGCCAACAAUGGCGUCUGGGUGUGGCGAGAAGAACAAGCGGCACAGGAGAAUGAAAUCCAUGAUGACGACAACAACAAUGAUCAUUACCAGUGUGACAAUUAUAUUGUAGAAAGGAUGAAACAAUUGCCACAAGACAUGCAAGAGGUUCUCAUGGGAACAGCGUGUCUGGGAGGAGAGAUCAGAGAGUCAUUCAUUUGCUGGGCUCUUGGAGGUGGGGCCUCGCGUCAAGACCAAGUGCGUCAGGCCUUGGAGCUAGGCAACAAACAUGGCUAUUGGGAAUAUUGUUUCGAGGAGGGCAUUGGACGGUACAAACACGACAAAUUCUUGGAGGCUUCCUUGGAAUUGAUCCCUCCAGACAAGGUGGCAUCUUUGCAUCUCUUUCUGGGCCGAAAUCUUCAAGAAAAUGCCAUCAAUAUACCGGGUACUCCAAAGGCCUUGCCGACUUUUCUGCACUUGAUACUGUGUGGAAAGACCGAGAUUGUUUCCGACAUGGAAAAGGGAGAGCUUGCCAGUUUGUGUUUGGAGGCCGCAAAGUUAAUGGCCAAGUCAUCCGCAUUUGCCAAAGCAAUAGAUCAUGUCGUGGAUGGCAUCAAUUUGCUCUCUGAAAACCAUUGGGAGGACCAAUAUGAGCUCAGUCUACGCCUGUUCAAUGCAGCAGCUGAAUUGGCGUACUGCAAUGGCGACCAUGACCGGGUGGACCAUUUCGCCCAGGAACUACGGGAGCACGCAAGGGUCUUUGAGGAUGGACUUCAAGCAGAUACAACACUAAUCUUGUCUAUGGGGUCGAGAGGAAUGAAUGCCAAGGCGGGCAUGUUGGGGAUUCGUUUGCUCCGACAACUUGGGGAGCCCGUUCCCAGCAGAGUUUCCAGAGUUGGAGCCAAGCUGGAAAUCUACAAAGCACGGCGGGCCCUACGCGGUAAGAGCGAUGAAGAUAUCCUGGCACUACCAAAGAUGAGAGACGGACAUGCUGUCGCGGUCAUGAGCAUACUUCAUGUGCUCUACCCCAUUGCUUUGAUGAGCCACAUCGAGUACACCGCCUUGAUUGCUUGUAGGCUCAUUCGUUUGACGCUAGAUCAUGGACUCUGCUCCUACAGUAGUGUUGGGUUUGCCUUUUACGGAUCAGCCUUGGCCCGAAUUGGGAAGGUCAAUGAGGGAUGUCGGUUUGGAGAGCUUUCGUUGAAAAUUUUGAAGAAGCACCCAACCAAAGAGUUGAUGGCACGUGCCCUGCAACGAGUGGGCCUCAUCUUGAGAAUACACAAACAGCCCUUUCGGUACGCACUUGAGACGCUUUUCGAAUCCAACCGCUUGGCCAUGAUGACAGGGGACCUGGAGACAGCCUUUUACUCAACGUCAUCUGCUUGCGGUGUCAAGUUCUGGACGGGUGAAGCCCUUGAGUCGGUUGUUGAGUCAUCUUUCAAGUACAUGCAGCUCUGCAAUGAUUAUGGGCAGCACCACAUUGCUAGGGUCUACCUGCCAGUGAUUCAAGCCUGUCACAACCUCAUGGGGAAAGCUGCCGAAAAUCCAACAGUCUUGACUGGGGAGAUUAUGAACGAGAAAGAGUUCCUUGCACGAGCUCGACAGGAACACAACACCGGGUUGGAGUCCUUGACUCUGAUGAUCAAGUACGUUCUUGCAACCUACCUCAACGAAGUUGCCUAUGCAGAAUCACUUUCCGUCCAAAUUCGACGACUGAUCAAUGGGAAACUUCCUCCCAUGGUGCCAAUAAUGUGGACUUUCCACCAAUUCUUUGAGGGACUUGUGGCAGUGGCGCUGGCAAGUAAGCACAGCAAGCACUCCAUUACGAGGAACCGGGAACUUCGAGUUGCUACGCGAAAACUGAAAAUAAUCCGCAGAGCUUCAAAUCAUUGCCCCGAGAACAUGGCCAAUAAGGCCUUGUUGAUUGAGGCAGACCUGGCAGCUAGCCAGGGGAAGUUUGACUUGGCUGAAUCCAAGUAUCGUCAAUCGAUUGUAUUUGCAGAUCACGAGGGCUUCCUAGCGGAACAAGCCCUGGCCAGUGAGAAGCUGGCUCUGAUGCUUCGAGAUCAUACUAACAAGACGGCCGAAACCAGCCAGUACUUUGUUCAAGCUCGCAAUCUGUACGCGAAAUAUGGAGCAACAAUAUUGGUGGACAGGGUCACUAAGGAGCUUGAAGUCGAAACCGGUGGUCGCCGCGACUGUGACAAACGCGCUGCUCAUCGCAAGAGAGCGUCGAGGGUUGCUGCCUUUUCUCCGGGUUCAUGGGUUCCACCCCUAUGCGAACGCGAUCUCCAAAUUGGGUGUGAGCUGAUCUAACCAUUGCAGACUUCUAACUAUUGUCGCCUUACCGUAAGCAAGUCUACAUGUAUUUCUUGGAUGUUGCUUACUCAAGACAAUGGUUGGUUCCUUUGUUCAGUAGAAAUCGUACUCUCCUGGCUCGUAGUAAUAGUUGCUGUCCGAAUAGGCUCCGCCCC